CCCAGCUUCACUCCCCAUUCCCAGCGUACAUGACCUAUAGGACAUCACACUUAUUUACAUAUACUUAUAGAGUGAGAAAGUAGUGAGGUCUAGAGAGAGAAAGAAAUGGGUCUCCUCUAUUUCAUCACAGCUAUCUUACUGGCUGUUAGUACUUCAGUCAGCUCCUGCCCGCCGUCAGACCGGGCAGCUCUUCUCGCCUUCAAAAAUGCCCUCCGCGAGCCUUACUUGGGCAUCUUCAAUUCAUGGACGGGCACUGACUGUUGCCACAACUGGUACGGCGUCAGCUGCGACCCGUCGACCCGCCGCGUCGCCGACAUCAACCUCCGGGGCGAGUCCGAAGACCCCAUCUUCGUGAAAGCCGGCCGGACCGGUUUCAUGACCGGUUCGAUCUCUCCGACCAUAUGCAGACUGAACCGGCUCUCCAGCAUCACCAUCGCCGACUGGAAGGGCAUCACCGGAACAAUCCCGCGAUGCAUUUCGUCGUUGCCAUUCCUCCGAAUCCUCGACUUGAUCGGAAACAAAAUCGCCGGCGAGAUUCCAGCCGAUAUCGGCCGACUGAGUCGACUCACCGUGUUGAACGUGGCCGACAAUCAAAUAUCCGGGCCGAUACCCAGAUCCAUCUCCAACCUCUCCUCAUUGAUGCACUUGGAUCUCCGAAACAACCUGAUCUCGGGCUCCAUUCCGCGAAACAUCGGUAAGCUCCGAAUGCUGAGUCGGGCUUUGCUGAGCCGAAACCGACUCAGUGGUUCAAUUCCAACCUCCAUAUCCUACAUAUACCGAUUAUCGGAUUUGGAUCUUUCUCUGAAUUAUUUUUCUGGUUCAUUACCCGAAUCUCUCGGAAAAAUGGCGGUUCUUGCCACGUUGAAUGUCGAUGGGAAUCGGAUUUCGGGUGCUGUACCUCCGAGUUUUAUCAAUUCGGGUAUAAGUAUAUUGAAUUUGAGCCGAAAUGGGCUGGACGGUAAUAUACCCGACGUUUUUGGGCCGAGAUCUUAUUUUACCGCUAUCGAUCUAUCGUAUAAUAGGCUGAGAGGACCGAUUCCAAAAUCCAUAUCUGGGGCCAGCUAUAUCGGCCACUUGGAUCUCAGUCACAACCACCUAUGUGGGCCCAUUCCAGCCGGUUCGCCGUUCGAUCAUCUCGAAGCGUCGUCGUUUACUUACAAUGAUUGUCUAUGUGGAAAGCCACUAAGAUCUUGUUAGAAAGCGUUUUGAUAAUGAUGGAAGCUCAGAUCCUCUGUAAUACAAAAUUAAAUUGGCGUGUUAUGAACCGUUUAAUACAGUAUAACACUCGUAUAGACUGCAUCGGAUAACACUGAGUUGGAUCACAGUGUGAUGAAUAUAUAUUUGUAAUAUGCAAGAGUGAAUUUUACUUGUGUUUAUUAUAUUAGUACGAGAAUAAUGUUUUGUUUUGUUUUCUUGGGUACUCUGAUGUUGUGAGCUUCGUGCAUGUAAUUGACAUUAGAAGACAAUUAUAUAUGACAAGUGAAGUGGUCACUAGUUAGUUA